CUCGCGAUGCGCUGAUGACGCGCGAUGAAAUCCGCUGGUCGGGAAUCGCGUAAAGUUUGUAAAUAGUCCGUGUUUUUUUCGACGGAGCUUCUACCGGAUUAAGGAUUACCAUGUCGGAACCGCGCAAGAAGAGCAAGAAAUCGAAGGAGGAAAUUGCCAAGGAGUUUGACCUUCCGGAGCGGAAAAGCAAGAUCGCCACGAUUCUCAAGCAGGAUGGUCAGGCGUAUUGCAUCUGCCGGUCGUCGGAUUCGUCCCGGUUUAUGAUAGGUUGCGACGCCUGCGAGGAAUGGUAUCACGGAGAUUGCAUCAACGUAACGGAGAAGGAGGCCAAACACAUCAAGCACUACUACUGCCAGCGAUGCAAGGAGGAGGAUCCCACGCUGCAGACGGUGUUUCGGCUCGUGCCGGUGCAGGGUCCGACGCCGAAUCCCGAGGAGAAGAAACCGCCGAAAAAGACCAAGGAGAAGGGCGCGUCGAGCAAGUCGGACAAACGAUGCGGCCAGUGCGAGGGCUGCAAGGCGCAGAGUUGUGGCAACUGCGACGCCUGUCUGGGGCAGCACGAGAGCGGCCGCAAGCAGCGUUGCGAGAUGCGCGUUUGCACCAACACGGUCAGCAGAAAGAAGGAUCGUGAAGCCAAGUCUGCUGCGAGACCAAAAAAGAGGAAACGAUCGCUCACACCGGAGAUAUUGCUGAAUCCAGCGUUGGAAGGCGAUCGUCAAUGCUACGGACCAGGCUGCAUCAUGACGGCGAGGCCACAGUCCAAGUAUUGUUCGGACACCUGCGGAAUGAAGCUGGCGACGAGCAGAAUCUACCAGGUACUUCCGCAGCGCAUCCAAGAGUGGUCACUGAGUCCGGCAAUUUGCGAGGAGCAGAACAAGAAAGCCCUGGAAGCGAUCCGCCAGAAGCAGACCGUCGUUCGGGCCACCCUGGCCGAGCUGGACAAACGGCACGCCGAACUGGACCUGUUGGUUGACCGCGCGAAGCGUUGCACCCUGGAUCCGAACGCCCUCGACAACAACGACGCCGAGGACGAAAUGUCCAUGUACUGCAUCACCUGCGGGCACGAAAUCCACUCCAAGACCGCCAUCCGGCACAUGGAGAAGUGCUUCAACAAGUACGAAAGCCAGGCCAGCUUCGGCAGCAUCUUCAAGACCCGCAUCGAGGGCAACUCGAUGUUUUGCGACUUUUACAACCCGGCCAGCAAGACGUACUGCAAGCGGCUGCGGGUACUCUGCCCCGAGCACAGCAAGGACCCCAAGGUGAACGACACGGACGUGUGCGGGUGCCCGCUGGUGCGGAACGUGUUCCAGCUGACGGGCGAGUUUUGCAGAGCACCCAAAAAGUCCUGCUUCAAGCACUACGUGUGGGAGAAGAUUCGCCGGGCCGAAAUUGACCUGGAGCGCGUCCGGCAAUGGAUCAAAAUGGACGAACUGGUCGACCAGGAGCGGCAGGUACGCCAGGCGAUGGCCUCCCGGGCGGGCGUCCUCGGCCUGAUGCUCCACUCGACGUACAACCACGAAAUCAUGGAGAAGCUGUGCAGCGGUAAGCUGCAGUGAGACAUCAUCGUGAAUCCCAACAGAACAACAUUUUUUUUUUCAUUUUCAACUCAUUUUAUUCUUUAAGAAUUUUUCUUACCCAAUAAAUAUAUUAGCCCUUAAACUAGAAA